GAGAAGAGACCACUCCACUAACACUAGAGUCCCCAAACCCGGGUUAAAUCCACUAUUAAACACUAUUAAACUUUUAUAAUAAACUUUAUAAAGCGGGUUAAAGAGCUCAGGAUUAAAGUGUUAUAAUCCCUGAGGUGAAGAGGAGCUCCGGAUCAUCAUGGGGCGAGGAGGGAUGCUGGGUGGACUGUGGAGAGGUUCCCCUGACCCCCCCUCGGCCGGACGGCACAAACCUUCAGAGAACAAACAUCCACCCGGCGACCAAUCAGCAGUCUCUGCGCACUCUGAAAAUAAAGAGAGAACAGAGGAGGCGCCGCCCGUCCCUCCCAGACCCAGUGAAGAGGAGCUCAGAAGCACCAUCACACAUCGUCUGAUCAUGAAUCAACCCACCGUCCAUCAGAACCAGGAGCACACUGAUGGAAUAAAGAAGGAACGUGAUGAGGAGAAGAUGAAGAGCAGAGAAGAUCAAGACACGACCACAGCAGAACUUCAGAGGAUCAUGAAAUCCAAGAAUCCUGGACGUGUCCACGUUCCUCUGAAGACGGAUGAGCAGGAAGCCGCCGCUGGCAGUAACUGUACCGAGGAUGAAAGUGACGAGUUUUCUGUAAAUAAGAACCAGACUGAUGAGGCUGAUGAGGAGAAGAUGCCGAAGAAGACGAAAAUGAAGAAGAAGAAUCCGUUCAUGCCUCACGUAGUGAAAAAGGGUCACGUGGUGCAGAAGAAGAGGGGCGAGAUCGAACCUGUGGAGAAGAAAUCCCUGGUGGAGCAGCUGAACGAGCUCCGUCUGGAUCGAGCUCACCGCGACGAACACGAGGAUCUUGAGAGCCUCAUGGAGUGGUGGAGCACGGUGAAACAAUGGGAGCCGACGACCAAAGAUGAAGACAUGACGGAAAAAGAAGAAGCCAAAGCGUUCGCGGUGACGGCGGAGAGGGUUCAGCGCGGCAUGCGCGUCUUUAACCAGCUGUACUCGGAGCGAGCCGAGGCCCUGUGGCAGCACGUCAUCGACCUGUACGCCAUCGCCGACGCCCUCGACCGCUUCAGCUGGAGGACCAAAGUGGCUCAGAUCACCGGCGGCUCCACCAGCGCCGUGGGGGGCGUGGCCACCAUAGCCGGCCUGGCCCUGGCGCCGGUCACCAUGGGAACGUCCCUGAUCGUCACGGCGGUGGGGCUGGGCGUGGCCACGGCGGGCGGACUGACCUCUGCCUCCGCCGGCAUCUCCAGCGCCGUCAACGACUCCCUGGACCGCAAGAAGGUAGAGCGCAUCGUCCAGGACUUCCAGACCAAGAUGGCCGACAUCGACAAGUGCACCAGGUUCAUCAAGAGAGGCGUGGAGAACCUGCGCCAGCUCAACGCACCCCGGGUGACAAAGAUGAAGGUGAGCGAUAACGAUUUCCCAAAACUCACCAGCGUGUACGAGGACGGCGCCAUGGCGGGUAAAGCCGUGCUCACCAACGCCAGAGAGAUCGCCCGUGUGACGCAGGUGGCCAUGGCGACGGGUGGCACGGCGGCCCGGGCGGCACAAGUGGCCUCCAUGGCUACGGGCGUCCUCUCCGGACUCUUCGUGGCGAUGGACGUUUACUUCGUGGCCAAGGACUCACGGGAACUGAGGAAGGGAGCCAAGUCGGAGUUCGCCAAGAAGAUCCGAGAGGUGACGGAACAGCUGCAACAGGGACUGGUGGAGCUCAACGGCAUCAGGGACGAACUACAGCUCUCAGGGAUCUCCACCAGCACCAACAGCUCCAUCAACACCAUCUCCAACAUCUCCACCACCUCAAACACCUCCACCGACACCAUCUCCAAUCCCAACUUCACCUCAAACACCUCCAACAUCACCUCCACUCCCUCCCACACCACCACUAACAUCUCCAACACUGACACCUCCACCAACACUUCCAACACCUCCACCACCAUCUCCACCAACACCUCCACCGUCACCAGCUCAUCCUGUACCUUCACCUCAGCAGACGUCUCAUCCACCCCUGCCGUUCCAGCAGAUACGUCCUCCAGCUCUGGUACUAAAGGAGUUCCAGCAGGAAUGGUUCCUGUUACACAGUCCUGAUGUUGUGGGCGUCCAAACUUCUCCUCUUCACAAAUCAGCUCAGUAUGUUUUAACAGGGGUGCACAAACUUUUGCAAACAACAAUAAUAAUGAACAAACAGUCGCUAUUUUUAGAUGGUUUUAUUUGUAUUUGUAGUUUAUAUUAUAUAUUAAUAUUUUAAAUGGCCAAAA